AUGCUCUGGGGUAAAUUUUCAAGAAAUUCAUCAUUGAUCAAACAAGAAUCAUCACUUAUUCUUGAUAAUAUGAAUAAUAAUGGUGAAUUACAAUCAAUACCAACAACAAAUACAUCAUUUAUCGAUCGAUAUCAUACUGAUUUAGAAACAAUGAUUGAUUCAUUUGUUACAUCAGUUGAUAGUCUAUCAUCAAUUCGACCAUCAACAAUAAAACAACGACGGAUUAUAUCACCAUUAAAAUAUCCACGUCGUGUAGCAUCAAACUCAUCAUCAUCAUCAUCAUUGAUUACAUUUGAUCGUGAUCCAGCAGCUACAGAAACAACCGAGCAUUUAACAGAUGAACUUCGAUGGUUAUUAAUUCAAUAUGGACCACAUCAACCACGUGAUGAUGAUGAACAAUUUUUAGCAAGUGCAGUAGCAACAUCUAAUGGAAAAGGAACUAUACGUUUUCGUGGAAAAUGGUUCGAUGAUCCACGUUUUUCUGAUUGGCUUGAAUAUUCAUUAACAACUGGUCGUGCUUAUUGUUUUUAUUGUCGUUUAUUUGUUGAAUCAAAUCGAAAUCGUGCUUUUUCACGUGAUGGUAUUAAAAAUUGGCGUAAAUGUUUAGGAUCACGUGGUCAGAAAAAGAAACGUCCAACACGAACGUCUAACUCUACUGAAGAUUUAAUAAUAUGUCAAAGACGUGGUUUAUUAGAAUCCCAUGCAAUGUCAGAAGCUCAUAAACAAUCUUAUACAAAAUAUCUUGCAUUCAUUAAUCGAAUGCAUUUUGAUACAGAAUCUACUGAAAAUAAUAAAAGUAAACAAUCAGGUAAAUAUAAAAUUUAA